UUUCAGAAACACAUCUGUCAUCCAGAACCUGUCCUGAGACGUUUCACCAGGUGCUUUACUCAUCCUUGAUAAACAACUGAAAACCGGUUCAACAGGCGGGUUUCAGGAAAUAAAAAGCGGCGAUGGAGCACUCUAAAAAGACAAAGUACAGCCCAGGAGACAGAAAGGACUCCUCAGAGAGCGGCUCCGUCCUCAACGGACACUUUGACGGGUUAGUGAAGCGGCCGGCGGCCGCCUCUCAGGCAGCAGCAGCGGGCUCCCAUCGGGGGAGCAGCUCGGUGAUGGAGAGCUGGAAGGAGGAGCGGACCAGGAGCCUGGAGGACAACGAAAUGAGCCUGCCUUCUCUGGCUGCAGCCUACACCACCAUCCUAAGGGGGCUGGGGGAGGACCCGGAGCGGCAGGGGCUCCUGAAGACCCCCUGGAGGGCCGCCACCGCCAUGCAGUUCUUCACCAAGGGCUACCAGGAGAAAAUCAUCGACGUGCUGAACGAUGCCAUUUUUGAUGAAGACCACGACGAGAUGGUGAUCGUCAAAGACAUAGACAUGUUCUCCAUGUGUGAACACCACCUGGUUCCCAUCUUUGGCAGGGUUCACAUUGGUUACCUCCCCAACAAGAGGGUUCUGGGCCUGAGCAAGCUGGCCAGGAUUGUUGAAAUCUACAGCCGUCGAUUACAAGUUCAGGAGAGGUUGACCAAACAGAUCGCUGUGGCCAUCACCGAGGCCCUGCAGCCCACUGGGGUCGGAGUUGUUGUCGAGGCAACUCACAUGUGCAUGGUGAUGCGAGGCGUCCAGAAGAUGAACAGUAAAACUGUUACCAGCACCAUGUUGGGGGUCUUUAGGGAAGAUCCAAAAACCCGUGACGAAUUUCUGACCCUCAUUCGAAGCUGAAGAGCUCCUUCUCUUCCUCCUCCUCCUGUUGCCUGGAGUUACCUCCACCUGCACGGACCACCUGCCGUGCUCGCUGUAUGUGUGUGUGUUUGUGCGUGGGUGUUUCCGUCUCACUGAACACGGUGGAAAGGUGUUCGCUCUGUGUUUUUGUUGACUCUGUAAUGACCUGAUGAAGCGGCGUUACCUCGAUGAUUUGACCUGUUUAUUCUCACACAGUGAAACAGAUUUUACUCUUUAUUUUUUCUUGUAUAUUUUGUCUGUUAUUGUAAACUAACAGUUACAAUAACAGACAAAAGUCAGUACAGCAGUCACAUUUCCGUUUGAAUAUUAUUUUAUUUUAAAGACUGAAUAACCUUUGAUUUACUGUCCCCUCAAAAAAAACAACAA